AUGGCCACCAAAGCCGCCAUCUUCGGCGGUCCCUCGCCGCACACGUCUGGACUGUUCGCGGACAUGACGGUGGAUGGGCCUGAGAUCGGGACACUGGUUUUGAUCGUGGACCGGGCGAAGAAUCUGCCGAACAGGAAGACAAUGGGAAAGCAGAAUCCAUAUUGCGCUGCGCGAUUGGGGAAGGAUGCGAGGAAGACGGAGACGGACCGGAGAGGAGGUCAGACGCCCAGAUGGGACCAAGAACUCCGCUUCGUCGUGCACGACUCCCCAGACUACUACAAGCUGAAGAUCUCCAUCUUCAGCGAGGACAAGCGAACAGACCUGAUCGGCGAGGCUUGGCUGGACCUUGCGGACGUGAUCACACCAAAGGGCGGCAAGAAGGAUCUGUGGCAGGGCCUGAACUACAAGGGAAAAUAUGCAGGCGAGCUGCGGAUAGAGAUCACCUACUACGACACCCGGCCGAAGCAAGACGGCGCGGAGAGUGUUGCUGGCUCGGAAGAUUUCAGUGUUGGAAGUGGCACCGGAAGAGUGAAGAGGAGGCCUUUACCGAGCACGAUGGGCAGCGGAACGAUUACGCCAGAUGCGAUACCAGCGCCUGCAGGCCCGGGAGUACCGGGCAGGGCCAAACACGGGCCAAGGGACCUGAGGAUGCCACCGAGAGCGAACUCGUUGCCCCCGGAGAGCAUGAUGCACCCUCAGCAGCAGGCGAUUUACGAUGCUCCAGCGCCAGAACAUGCGUAUAGUUCCUCUGUGGGGCCCUUUGAUCGAGCACCACCGCCUCAGCAGUAUGGCUACGACCAUUUUCAGGAGCCGGCCCAGGAGCACCAAGCAUACGAUCAGCAUCAGCAAUCCGACUUCCUUCCGCAACUUCCGCCGAGCAACCGCGCAAGAGGCUAUCAAGCUUCAGCACAACGUUUUGCUGCACCUCGACCUCAGCCGCAACCGCCUCAAGCACAUCCGCAUCAACACCCACCCCAUCACAUGGGAUUGCCGCAUUCGCAGUCUGCGCCUAUCGUCCCUCAAGCCCAGCAUGCACAGCAUGCACCUCACGACUUCGACGAUGGAUAUCAGCUACAGACCGAUUAUCCGGAGCCGAUUCCGGAUCUCGACUUUCAACAUCAACAACUGGCUUCUAGACACCGAAGAAGCGACGUUGGUCAGGACUGGCGAGGAGACCACAAUUCAUCGUACGGUGGUCAGCCUUCUUAUGAAGACGCGGCGCCUCCACCCCCGCCUAUGCACAGCAAUAGCGCGCCUGUGGUGCCGCACUUUAGCAACACACAUGGUACGCCAAUGUCGUCCUCGCCUGGAAGUGCUGCUCCGAUGCCACCACACUCUCGCCAUCAGUCUGUGCCGAAUACCUCACCAUUGCAGAUGAUGGAGCGUGGGUACAGUGCACCACAGCGGACGCCAGUACCCGGGCAGGCGACAAGAGGCAUGUCAGUUGAUGGCUACAUGUCGUCACCAGAUUUGACCUACGGCACCUCUCCAUCGAAUUACCAGUCUGGUCAGACUCCGUCAUCUCACCCCCGCCCUCAGCCGUCUCGCCCUUUACCUCACCGGAACAGCAUUGCGGAUUCGUACCAGUAUACGCCACCUCGUCCUCAUCCAUUGUCGCAAGAGGUACCAAGGCCUCGAAGUCCGCUACCUCCUCCACCAGGCCCUUCGCCUCACAGUGCUGGCCACUCUACGUACCAGCAGGACUUCCGUGAGCGAGAUGGCCCACCAAUACUCAAGCCGAGGGCAAUUUCACCGCAGCCGCCACCGUCAUCGCAAUCCAACUCUGCCCAAAGACCAAAGAGCUCCUACAGCAUCCAGCAUCCCGUCCGAGCUUUCGAAUCAGCAGACGGCAGCCCGCUGUCCACAUCUCGACCGCCGCCACCUUCCUCCCUCCAGACUUCACAGCGCUCGAGUCCCGCUCGCAAGUCGAUCUCACCUCACCCAAGCGCACCCAACACACCCGGCGGAGGCACACCCUUCUCACCCGACAGCUUCAACGCCUACAACCCGCAAGCCUCACGAGCAACAUUACCAGAAGGCAACUCACCACAUAGCCCCUACCAAAUCGCCCCCGGCUCCUCAGCACCUCGCGAUGCAAACAACGGACCCAUAGUCGGCUGGCACGGCCAGGAGAUAGAUCCUUCCGACCACCUCCCCGUCGACUCCUGGGCGCCGGAACCCGAGAAGAAAACCCCAACCAAAACCUACGGACUCGGUCGAGACCGCGACUUUGGGCCUCGUAGCGGCGCAGCAGCGGGGCGGAAUAUGUCUAAAGACACUGUGGUGAACUUCCGCGUCAAAGGACAACAUCCACAACAACACCAACAACAACCUCUCCCACCCGCCGAACAGGAGUCGCCCUCCCGAAACCGCCUGCAGAAGAAGCCAUCUCCAUCUCCAGCUCCAGGCCGCGCACCCGCGCCAGAACCGCUCAGCGAACGACAUAAUUUCAACUCUGUCUCCGUCCCUGACCCUUACGCACAGCAGCAGUAUAGCCAGGGAUUCUACGGCGGCGGUGGUGGGGCGGAGAGGUACGAGAAUGGUGGGAGUGGGUAUGCGCCGAAUCCGGACGAUUCGCUGGCGAGGGAGAUUGGGAGUAUUGAUAUUGGAGGGAGGGGUGGCAGAGGAGGGGGUGGUGGGUAUGUGCCGGCGCCGACGGCGUAUGUGCCUGUGAGGAGUCAUAGGGAGAGGGGAACGUUUUAUUGA